GCGCGCCCCCUGGAGGCCGCCCCGCGGUACUUGCUGGUUAGCCAUGGCAGGGGCGCGCGCCGUGCUGGUGGUCCUGUUGGCGCUGGGAGUGGGCGCCGCGUCCCCAGAGUUAAUAUGCCUGACGGAACCACGGAAUGUUAUUGUCGAUAUUGUUGACACAACAAUCAUUCUGAAAUGGGAGUGGGAUAAUCCAUGCAAUCUCAAUGUAACGUUUUCAACUCGGUACCAACUAAACCAAGAAGGUGAAGAUACAAGUCCUGAUGCAUGGUCUGCUAUAUUGGAGUGUCAAGAUAUAACAACCACAGAAUGUGAUCUCUCAUCAGCCCAACUAGAUAAAUAUGAAAACUAUGCCGUGGGUGUAAGAGCGGAUACCACACAAGAGCACUCCGCUUGGGCAAAUUUAACUUUUUGUCCAUUUCUAGACGCCAAGAUUGGUCCCCCAGGAGUGUGGCUAGACUCCAUAGAUGGAAAUGAGAAGAUUAACAUUUUAAAUCCUGAAUUAAACAAACGGAUGAAAAUGUGGGAAGGGGAGCAUUUAUGCUACAGUCUAACUAUCUGGAAAAACUCAUCUCAUCCUGAGGAAAAAACUGAGCCUGUUUUUCCCGGUCAAUUCAUUCAUGGCCUUGAACCAGAGACCACUUAUUGUCUAAAAGUGAAGGGAUAUCUGCAAAAUAACAAUGGUUUAUAUAGUCCAGAAUACUGUAAGCGAACCCCUAAAGCUUGGACUGGUCUACCUGUUCCUGAAAACCUUAAAGUACAUGCCUUGAAUAUGAAGUGUGUCUUGUCCUGGGACAAUCUGUAUGAAAGAAACAUGAGCUUCCUGGUCCAAGGCCAAUAUGGACAUCGACUACGGUCCUCUCCUGAUAUAUCAAAGAAUUGGGUCAACAUUUCUGGAUGCGAAAACGUCCAAACAGCACACUGUGAUAUUUCAGGUUUUGUUGACUUCACUGGAAUUUAUUAUUUCCAAGUCAGAGCUGUAGAAAACCACAAGAAAUCCCCUUGGUCUAAAAUGCGACGAUUUGAACCUCACAGAGAUAAUAAUCUCGGCCCUCCAAGCAUCAAGCUUAAUGCCAGUGAAGACUCACUUCAGAUUUAUGUUGCUGGACCCGGAGAAGUUGAAAAUAAUUCCAUGAGCAAAAUAUAUCCAUUAACUUAUCAAAUUUGGUUCUGGCCAAAUUCUUCAUAUAACAAGAAGAAAGAAUUUGUGGAUAAAACAUCACCACCAUAUGUAAUCUCAGGCUUGUCCGCAUCCACUCUAUACUGUGUUCAAGUGCAAGCGUUUGCUCAACAAUAUAGUAAAAGUAGCAACUUCAGCAAUGUAGACUGCAUUGAAACAUCCAAAGGAAAUUCCUCAGCUGUGUAUGUACCAGUUGUGGUGUUUGUGACUGUUAUUUUGCUGAUAGUUGGCUUGAUCUAUUUUACACACUGCACUUGGAAAUGGGUCCAAUAUACAUUCUUUCCAAAAUGCAACCCUCCUUUGACCAUAGAGAACAUUGGGGGAAAAGUUGUGAGCAGUUCCUAUUUGCUGACUUCAGAAGAGCCCACAGAAGACUGUGUUGUCAUAUGUGACAGUAGUGUCUCAAAGGAUGUUGAUCUGGUUGACGUGAAAGACCUCACAGAGCCAGAGGAAAUUAGCCAAGACUCGGGAAACUAUUCCAAUAAUUCUGGAAGUAAAGGAUCCCUUCAAACCACAGAGCAGAAAGAAACGUGAGCCUGUAAAGUAGUUGGCAGAAAUCACAAAAUGAGAUGGACACCAGAAACUUUGUAUCCCAAAAUAGACUAACAGGUGGCAUCCAAGAUUUUGACGUUUGUUUACUGCUAUUGGAAGAUCUGCUAGAAUGUGAGAAACAUGAUGGGAAAAUAUUUACACCUUAAUUUUAACUGGACUUUGGUUCUCAAACGUGCUCUAAAACACAAAACAUCUCAAGAACAGUAAACAUACGCCAGUAUAGAUACCAAGUUGACUGUUACAAUAUUAGUUUUCAAAAAGUACUGAAGGGGUGGUUCUCCAGCUUUUCACAAGGAAGAAGGCACCUCUCCUCUGUCUAAAAGUAUGCUGACAUUGUGAGUAUUGGUUGAUGUUGGGAACUUGCCAAGCACACACUGAUCAUUGGUGCCUUAAUGAAACCUUAUGCAAGUUUACAGUUUUUUUACAUAAUUGUUCUGCCAAGCUUAGUGUUUAGCUGCAAGUAUUACAGUCCUGAGUUAAACCAUGGUUAUUGCUCAGGAAUGGGAAUCCCUGUCGACCCAGGAAAUAAAUCCUGAUUUGGGAUUGGUUUCAAGAUCUGCAUUCCAGCCAUGAUGGGGUUAAGGGAACAGGCCAAGUUAAAUGUGCAUUAUUUAAAAUAGGAUAGUCUAUGAAAGUCUUUACUGGUGUCAACCAGGGAAUCAAAUGACAAUCACUAACCAGGCUAUCGGUGUUUCACAGAACAUUUUUGUGUCCUUUACAUUUUUGUCCACCCAUUUAUGUGCCUUCUGGCACAAUGCUAAUGAAGGAGAAGGAGAUGUGUGACUACAUUCAUGUUGACUGUAAUUUUGUUUCUUCAAAUAACUUGUGCAGUUUGAUUUCCCUCUUUUCUUUCUUCCGCGAUCUCAUGCUCUCUUUUAGAGUCAUUUGUGUAACUGAGAUACCACAAUGGUAUAUCCCAUUGUGUGAGUCUUCUGCUCCACACUGUCAAGUUUUUACUGAAAUCUGAGCUCCUGAGGCAUGUCGUAUUUAUGUGCAAAAACUGGGUUGCAGUUAAACAUUAACAAAACUAAGAUUAUGACAACCAGACUGAUUGAUAACUGGUAAAUAGAGGGAGAAAACGUGGAGGCAGUAACAGACUUUGUAAUUCUAGACGCGAAGAUUACUGCAGAUGCAGACUGCAGCCAGGAAAUCAGAAGACACUUCCUUCUUGGGAGGAGAGCAAUGACCACUCUUGAUAAAAUAGUGAAGAGUAGAGACAUCACACUGGCAACGAAGAUCCGCAUAGUUAAAGCAAAAGUAUUCCCUAUAAUAACCUAUGGAUGCGAGAGCUGGACCAUAAGGAAGGAUGGGCGAAGGAAGACAGACGGUUUUGAACUGGUAUAUGCUUUUGGGCUAGCCAUUUAACACAGCAGGUUAAUCACCAGCUGCAGCUGCAGUAAAAUCUUGCCAACCAAAAGGUUGACAGUUCGAAGCCGGAUCAGAGUGAGCUCCAGACCUUCAGUCCCAGCUCCCCACCCACCUAACAGAUCAGAAACAGCAAUAUGAGUCAAUAAAUAAGUACCACAUUGAAGCAGGGAAGUAUAUUCAAUCAGAAGGAGGAAGAUUUACGAACAAAGAAGAUUAUUCGGCAAGGAGAUGGAGCAAUACCACCCCCCUGUGGCCAGAAUCGAGCACAGCUUCCAAAGAUGCCAAAAUAUGGGAAAGCCUGUUUAUAUACCUCUAUCUGUUGUCUGUCUUGUGUUGUAUAAUGUCUGCCGUAUAUGUUUUCUGUGAUCUGCCCUGAGUCCCCUUCAGGGUGAUAAGGGCAGAAUAUAAAUAUUGUAAAUAAAUAAUAAUAAAGAACUGUGGUGUUGGAGGAAAAUUCUGAGAGUGCCUUGGACCACAAGAAGAUCAAACCAGUCCAUACUCCAGGAAAUAAAGCCCAACUACUCACUGGGGGGAAGGAUAUUAAUGGCAAAGAUGAAGUACUUUGGCCACAUAAUGAGAAGACAGGAUAUCUUGGAGAAGAUAAUGAUUCUGGGGAAAAUGGAAGGAAAAAAGAAGAGGGGCCGACCAAGGGCAAUUUGGAUGGAUGUUAUCCUUGAAGUGAUUGGCUUGACCUUGAAGGAAAUGGAGGUGGUGACAGCCGACAGGGAGAUCCACGAGUUCAUGAAGAAUUGGAAAGGACCGAACGAAUUACCAAAAAGCUCCCAGCAGCCUUCUCAGCAGAGCCAAAGGUGAGGAAGCCCGGCAAGGAGCUCUGGUGUGGGCUGGUCCAUGAGGUCACGAAGAGUCGGAAACAACUAAACAACAAAGAUGGGUGUAGGACGAAUAUGUUUGUAUAUCAGUCUUCAGUUAUACUGUAGAUACAGCAGAACAAAAAGCAAUGGCCAGCACACAGCAUUUGAAUGCCUAUUGUCUUUUAGCCUUAUUUUAAAAUUUCAAAAUAUGCAUCAUGUAUAUAUUCUCAGGUGUUCAAUAGAAAGUGCAUCAACUUUGAAACCUGUUUACUAUUAAUUGUGAAAUCCACACAAUGCUUGCCUUCUGCUUUCACCUAUCUCUAGAUACUCUUAGGAUUAGCAAAAACUCACCAAAACAGAAAUCAGUGUUAGAAUUUCCUAGUUCUAUAUUUAUAGUUUAUGAAUGUUGUAUUGAAUGCAGAUGUGAAUUGUGACCCAGUCAUGUUGUUUGCUGAAGCCUCAACCUCAGGGAAAACCCUUGACCAAUUGUCUCAGCUUGUGAGAACAAAUGAGCAAAACUGUACUCCUAGCCCAUCCUGAGCCAUUGAGACAGUACUUGUAUGUGUUCUUGUUUGUGUCUUGUUGCAAUUUUCCUUGUCAGUUUUAUUUGAUGUCACACCCCAUUAUCACAAAUAAAUAAAGCAAAAUGA